AAGUCCGGUUCAAGAACAGCCUAAUUCGACCGGUUCCGUCUAUCGUGAGAGGAUGUAAAAAGGCACCUUCUUCUUCGUUACUCUGUCGCGAAGAGAUCGCCGUCCCCCGAUCUCUCCUCAGGUCAAAUCUUGGCGGAUCGCUGUCGUCGACUAGAUACAUAGAAAAUGGCUGAUGCCGAGGAUAUCCAGCCACUUGUGUGUGACAAUGGGACUGGAAUGGUCAAGGCUGGAUUUGCUGGUGAUGAUGCACCUAGGGCAGUUUUCCCAAGUAUAGUAGGCCGGCCUCGCCACACAGGAGUUAUGGUUGGGAUGGGCCAGAAAGAUGCUUAUGUUGGUGAUGAAGCACAGUCCAAGAGAGGUAUUCUCACAUUGAAAUAUCCUAUCGAGCAUGGAAUUGUCAGCAACUGGGACGACAUGGAAAAGAUCUGGCAUCAUACCUUCUACAAUGAGCUUCGUGUAGCUCCCGAGGAGCAUCCUAUAUUGCUCACUGAAGCACCUCUUAAUCCAAAGGCAAACAGAGAAAAAAUGACCCAGAUUAUGUUUGAGACCUUUAAUGUACCUGCUAUGUAUGUCGCUAUUCAGGCUGUCCUUUCCCUCUAUGCCAGUGGUCGUACAACUGGUAUUGUGCUUGAUUCGGGUGAUGGUGUGAGCCACACCGUGCCUAUAUAUGAAGGAUAUGCUCUACCUCAUGCCAUUCUUCGAUUGGAUCUUGCUGGUCGUGAUCUCACCGACUGCCUGAUGAAGAUCCUCACAGAGAGAGGUUAUUCUUUCACCACCACUGCUGAGCGGGAAAUUGUAAGGGACAUCAAGGAGAAGCUUGCUUAUGUCGCUCUUGACUAUGAACAAGAGCUGGAAACUGCCAAGACCAGCUCAGCCGUGGAGAAAAGCUACGAACUUCCUGAUGGACAGGUUAUCACCAUCGGUGCCGAGAGAUUCAGAUGCCCAGAGGUCCUCUUCCAGCCAUCCUUGAUUGGCAUGGAAGCUGCUGGAAUUCAUGAGACAACAUACAACUCCAUCAUGAAGUGCGAUGUGGAUAUCAGGAAAGAUCUAUAUGGCAACAUUGUGCUCAGCGGUGGAUCCACUAUGUUCCCUGGUAUUGCUGAUCGUAUGAGCAAGGAGAUCACAGCACUUGCACCAAGCAGCAUGAAGAUCAAGGUGGUAGCUCCACCGGAACGAAAGUACAGUGUUUGGAUUGGAGGCUCCAUACUUGCAUCCCUCAGUACUUUCCAGCAGAUGUGGAUUACCAAGGGAGAGUACGAAGAAUCUGGUCCAGCAAUUGUCCACCGGAAAUGCUUCUAAGCUCAUUACCUGCAUCUGUGGGCAGUUUUCUGGCUUGUUCUAUCUAGUAUUUGGCUUUGCUCGAACAAUGGUUUGCCUGAUAGUACCGUCCCUAGUGCUUGAAUCUCCUUUCCACUGUUGAGUUUGCUUGAAGACAGUUCUAAUCUUUAGAUGUUUUCAUUGAGGAUGCUUUGCAUUUGCAGUGCAAAUGAAAUUAUGUAUCGAUAUUGUAAUAUGACCGGCAGUUUUAGUGUCCAUGCCCUGGCUUGGGGAUUUAUCCCUGGAUGUAUUCUUGUAUGAUGUAUUACUUGGUUUAUCUGCAGCCAAUUCUUCCUUUUCUCUAAAAGAAGUUUGUUUUCUGGAUUCA